UGGCUCUAGCCUAGCACUGCUAGUCCAAUGCUCUGCUUAUCUGCAGUCAGUCGCAACCGGCCCUCUUUAUUUUCUUUUCCUCCUCCCCUUCGGUCUGUCACUCUCCCUCCCCUCCCUCCCCCCCGAAAUCUCUGGAUCGCCAUCCACUCAGUAUGUGACCCAUGGCUCUCUAUCACUACAAUCGGAAGCAGAGGCUGCUUCUGUCGUCUUUCGCUAUUCUCUUUUUUUCCCUGUUCGUCUUCUGUCACUUUCGCUCCGCCCGUGACCCCGGCUCGUGGUUCUUCCAGCCUACCGAAGGCUAUCGCCCAGGAUACAGUCUUCAACGCAUCAACGAGUCUUUAGAAUGGCUAUCGACCUUCAAUCGGUCCGAUGCUAGCACCCACCACUCGGUGCCCGUUGUCAGUCCCCCACGGGAGAAAACCGCCUGCGUCGGCAUCGUCACCGUCAAGCGUCCCCUGCAGCAGGACCUCGACACGACCGUGGCCUCGAUCCUUGAUACCCUCUCGCCAGAACAGCGAGCAGCGCUGACAGUCCAAGUGCUCUUUGCACUGAGCAAUCCUUCCGAUCAUCCUGACUAUAACCAAACCUGGGUGACGAAUGUCGUGGACCAUGUGCUCACCUACGACGAUGUUGACGCGCCCGGGUAUAUCAUCCGCAACCUGGAGAAGAAGAACAACAUCAAGAAGAAGUCUCUGAUUGAUUACCGGCUCGGGUUACAAUCGUGCUAUGAAAUGACCGACGCGCCGUGGAUCAUCAUGCUGGAAGACGAUGUGGUGGCCCAGCGCAACUGGUAUGAGCAGACCAUGCGCAGCGUCCAGCAGGUUGAAGACUGGCGUCGGCAGGAGACCAUCAAGGACUGGCUCUACCUCCGGCUCUUCUACACGGAGAAGUUCCUCGGCUGGAACUCGGAGCACUGGCCCACCUACCUGUCCUGGAGUGUGCUGAUCGUCUCGCUCUGCGCCACCGCAGGCAUUUACACCCGGCGGACCAUUCGCUCCACGCAGGGGGUCCUCACCAACUCGUUCCUGCUGGUGAUCUGCUUCGUCUGCGUGCCGCUGUUAAUCGGCCUUUUCUUCCUGGCCGGCCGGGUCACCUGGUACCCCCUGCAAGACGGAGUGCAUGUGAUGAACGCGCACGGCUGCUGCUCGCAAGCCCUCCUCUUCAACCGCGAGAACAUCCCGCCGCUCCUAGAGUACUUUGAGCACAUGGAGGACGUAGUUCCCACCAAGGCCGUGGACAGUGUGAUCGAGAUGCAGGCGGGGCGAGCCGAACUAGACCGGCUGGCCAUCUCCCCGUCCCAGAUGCAGCACGUCGGAGCAGUCUCCUACAAGGAGAAGAAGAAGACGUGGAAAUGGGAGGGGCCAUAUCGGGUCAAGGGUGCUCACGGGGUCUGGAGCAUGGGAUUUGAGCAGGCGUACGGGAUACAUUCCGAUAGAUGGUUCGACCUUGGAAGUCCAGCAUAGCGGGCGUUUUUGGCAUGAUGCUGUAUGCAGCAAUGGUUCCCCGCACGAAGGAUUAAUGGAGGUAAUGAAACGCGUGCAUGACUUUGAUGUUUUGGGUUUGUGUAUAUACCAAUGUCAUUAUUCUUGUAUCAUCCAUCCACCUUACCAUAGAGUAAGUAACCUUUCAACCUGAUAGAUCAGCAUCUACCCUCAUCCCAUCAUACGUCAACGAUCAACAAAC